ACCCCCCUUCGAAGGAUGCUGCCGUCCGGGGGCAGGGGCAGGGACAGGGGCUGGGGCUCAGCCCGGCUGCGCUCCCGGCUCCGCGGGACCGCACCGAGCGCGGAGCCGGCGAGAGGCGAACCCCGGGCUCGGGGGCUGCCGACCGAGCCGGCCCGCGCUGCGCAACAUGGAGGAUUCCUCCGAGCACUGGAGCGGGAGAGGCUGCAACAAACUUUGGGAUGCUCGGCCGGGAGCCUCGGGAGCCCCGGGCGGCUCUGUCCCUGCCUGCCGCACGGAGCGCAGGAGGAAGGUCGCUCUGCCACCAGGCGCUGGUAAAGCGCCCUGAAAACUACAGCAAAAUUAGAACGAUACGGCGCGAGUGUAGUCAUUGCAGUCCUGGGAAGGCUGUUCAGAAAUGUACGAAAGCCCUCACUAAAGCCAGGGAUGAUACCGAUUCUCCUCAAGCUGGCUACGGGGGCAUCCCGAGGAACGCGCUGCAGCGACCAAUCCCGAAUUUUGGGGCGGUUGCAAGUUGGAAGAAGUUUUUUUAUUCCUUCCGUUUCCUUCUCCCUAAAUCUGCUCAUUUCUCACUGACUUUGUAUCACCCUCAGCCCGCAGGAGGGAUGUCAGCCCCUGCCCGCUCGGCUGGGCCCGGGUGCCCAGCGGGGUGCGCAGCCUCCUCCCGCGGGUGCGCUCUCCCACACGCGGGCGUGGGUUUAUGCAUGUGGUGGCAUUUGUGUUGGAACAGGCUCCCGAGCAGAGCUCUGCCUCCCGCAGCACAGCCUGCGUGGAAGAUGCUGGCAGGUGGCACCUCAGCAGCUGAGCGGUGUCAACGCAAACAAACACGCGAGACGGUCCCCGGCCCCGCUGCGUGGGGAGACGAUUUACAGAGGGAAGUGCAGAUGCCUUCAUGUGCGUCGGCUUCUUUGGGGGUCACAAUCUAUUCCAGAAAGCUGGAACCCUCAAUUUUAUGAAGCAUAACAUUUCCAAACAUAACGCAUCAAAUCGAAGGCUGAGCAGACUCCAUCUACAAAGACUCAGCAUACAAGGCUCAGCCCUAAGCUCGCUCUUUCCAGCAGUUUUAAACUAAGGUACCAAUUAUUUAUAAGUCACAUAAUUAGAUAACCAUCACUCCUGAACUUUCCAUCAGCUAAGAAUGUUUUAUCUUUCACCACUGGACACUGCUUAGUGCCCUUCUUUGGUGUACAUUUUCCUGCUCACUUCAUUCCCCUACACCAAAACUCCACCAGUUGCCCGAGACACCCCUCCCGUCCCCUGGCCCGAGCGGAGACAGCAGCUGAGCCGACAAAGGACCCCUGGAAUUAACUGCUGGCUAUGGGAACGGCCAAAGAGGAUCAGUGAGGAAGUUUACCAAACUUGGAACAGCCGCCUCUUAGAAACCAGCGUGUUUUACCCAGGCUUUAACCUUGCUCUCUCCCGAGCAGCGUGUUGAUGUUUCGCCACUUGCUCCCUGCAAACAAGGCAGGGAGCGGCGUGCGCCGAGGUGCCCGUGUGUGGCUGCUCUCCCUCGCUGUUCGCACCGGUUCACUGCUCUCCGGGGGUCAGCCUCGAGCACCAAGCGGCCCCGGCCCGGCUCUGCCGGCGCCUCCCCUUCGAGCGGGGCAGAGGAGCCGGGGGGGACCCGCGGGAAGGUACCCGAGUGCCCCCGGCCCGGGGGAAGGGUCGGGCACCAGCGAGCCGGGGCCUUUGGAGCCGCCGGUGCGCGG